AUGGCCAGGCGGGAGCCAGUGCAGGCUCGGGACCCCCUGGACAAGGGAGGGACCGAGGUUGAGAGAGAGAGAGAGAGAGAGAGAGAGAGAAGCAGGCUGACGGCCUUUCCCGUGACGCACGGGCAGAAAAGCAGCCCCUGGAACAUGUGUGUAAGCGCCAAGGACGACAUCGCAGGCCGCUCGGUGGCAGCCCUGGACGGCACCAGCGUUGCCGCGGUCCCAGCCCGUGUUCCUGACGCCACCCCACCCAGAGCCCCUCCCUUUGCAAACAGUCGCCUAGCUCCUCGAUGGCAUUUCCCCGAUGCCGCUGCCUCCCAGUGUCACAGCCUCUGUGACAUGAAACCGGCUCUGCUGUCCCGGCGCCCAUCCGCGCCCCACGGGCUGCACCUGCGUGGUCUCCUCCGUCAGAGCGAGUGCAGCAACCCCCCUCACGUUGUCCUCUGCCUCCCGCCGCAGAGCUCGGCCCAGCCCCGGGACCAGGGCAGCCAGGGCAGGGGCCCGUCCAGCCCGGGAGGCGGGGGCCAGACAGGUGGGGCUUGCCGCUGCCUCCUCCCUGCCCCGGGGCAUCUCCACAGGAGCUGGCGUUCUGGGCCCCUGGGCCCACGGCCAGUCCAUCCAAGUCCCCCAGUAACACUGUGCUCUGAAGACGGUAGCCGUUGCCCCCGGCCACACCCUGAUGGCCCUCGGCGGGGCCAGCGCAACAGAGGACGCUGUAAGGCCCAGAAAGCAGCGUCUUCGCUUCUGUGGCAGAAAGGAGUUUCGCUGUCGGCCACCUACCGGGCGCCGUGUCGCCGUGACCAUCUGGGCGAGGCCACGUGUCCCAGGAGCGAGAGCAACUGGCUGGCUGGACUGCUCUGGCCUUUCGACUGGAGUUCACAGCACCGAGGGGGGCAGGUUUAUGUCCCCUUCGGGUUACGCCUGGAGACAGAGGCUCUCACCGAGCGCCGGGAGCAGCCAAACACGGGCGGCGCUUUGGCAGGUCCUUCCAGAGCCUUCAAGACCCGGCCGGUGGCUCCUGUUCCAGCCCCACCGAGGGUCGUGGGCAUGUUGGCUGCGGAGCCUCAGAGUGAAGGGGACCCCGAGGAGCACUGGAGCAAGCGUGACGCCGCAGGCGCCCUGUGCAGGGAGGGAGCGCUGCAGUGAAGCAAGUGCCUACACUUUCGGUCUAAAAGUGAAGCAACUGCUGAGGAAUGUGCACGGGCAGCUUACUGAAGAGAAACCCUGAAGGCCGAGACUUAGGUGGGGAAUGUUCAUCACUUCCAGGAAGGGAGACGCGGGCCAAGGCUGUGUGUGACAGACCGUGAGGAUGCGGGUACCAGAGGGCCCGCCGCCGGCGCUGGAGAGGGGGUGGGGUGGGCGGAGCACUGUUGUUGGGGGGUCAACAAGUGCAGCCAUCUUGGGAAGUGAAUUUCACCUUCAAAUACUAAAAAUGGAAAUAAUCCAGCACCCCCCUCCUGGGCAUCUGGCCAGGGAACAUGGAACCAUCAACAAAGAAAAUAACCCCCCCGGCCUUGUUUAUCACAGUGUUAUUUACAGCAGUGGCUCAUGGGGCACCUGAGUGCCCCCAACAUGGGCUGGACCCGGCAAAAAGGCAGGAGGGAAUUACCCACAGCACAGCAAGUCGGACUGACCAAGACAAAUACUGGACGUUUACACGGAUGACCAUCGACAGAGCAAGUCGCGCAAACACACUGGUGGACACUGGCAAAUGCAGUGAGGCUUUUGCGGCUAAGGAGGGAGGC